AUUACAUCUGCAUGUGGCGCUGUUGGUUUCCUGGGAUACUCAAAACACCAGUGUCACGUUGGAAUGCCACCACUUUUCUCCCAGCUUUCCAGCCUUGUUCACCCAGUCACUGACUUACGGGAAUCCACACUUAAUGGUACUGUCGGGGGUGGGGGAGGGGAGGACACCUUUCUUUCUGUUUCAUCCUGUGUGUACAGCCCAGCCACACCAACACUCCCUGCAUUUCCCAGGGCUUCUCCAAAGGGCUGGUAUCUGAGGGCGUUGACAGUUUCCUUGUCACUAUCCCCCAGAAACGACCGCAGGAGACCAGAACACUGAAGCCAGUGAUUUCUGUUUGGAAAUAGGGUCGUCUUCUGCCGCUGACCCCCAUCAAAUCCCAUCAUGCCCACAGCCCUGUGCCCCCGAGUCUUGGCUCCAAAGGAAAGUGAGGAGCCCAGGAAAAUGAGGAGCCCACCGGGAGAGAACCCUAGCCCCCAGGGGGAGCUUCCCAGCCCCGAAUCCUCUCGGCGCCUCUUCCGCCGUUUCCGCUACCAGGAGGCGGCGGGCCCCCGGGAGGCCCUGCAACGCCUCUGGGACCUGUGCCGUGGCUGGCUGCGGCCAGAGAGGCACACCAAGGAGCAGAUUCUGGAGCUGCUGGUGCUGGAGCAGUUCCUGGCCAUCCUGCCCCGGGAGAUCCAGAGCUGGGUGCGGGCCCAGGAGCCUGAGAGCGGGGAGCAGGCUGUGGCCGCAGUGGAGGCACUGGAACGGGAGCCGGGGAGACCCUGGCAGUGGCUCAAGCACUGCGAAGACCCUGUGGUGAUUGAUGAUGGAGACAGCCCUCUGGACCAGGAGCAGGAACAGCUGCCGAUAGAGCCCCACAGCGACCUUGCAAAGAGCCAGGAUGCCCAGCCCAUGGCCCUGGCACAGUGCCUGGGGCUCUCAGGCAGACCACCAACCCAACUCAGCGGGGACGCAGUUCUGCAAGAUGCUUUCCUUCUUCAGGAAGAGAAUGUACGGGACACCCAGCAGGUGGUGACCACCCUGCAGCUACCCCCGAACCGAGUUUCUCCAUUCAAGGACAUGAUUUUAUGCUUCUCUGAAGAGGAUUGGUCCCUUCUAGAUCCUGCCCAGACUGGCUUCUAUGGAGAGUUCAUCAUUGGGGAGGAUUGCGGGGUCUCAAUGCCUCCAAAUGAGCUAGCUGCCCAGCCAGAUCUCUCCCAGGGAGAGGAGAAUGAGCCACGCGUUCCAGAGUUGCAGGAUCUCCAGGGGAAAGAAGUGCCCCAGGUCUCCUACUUGGACUCUCCAAGUCUCCAGCCAUUCCAGGUAGAAGAAAGAAGAAAACGUGAUGAGCUGCAGGUGCCAGAGUUCCAGGCCUGCCCGCAGAUGGCAGUACCUCAAAGCACCUGCCCAGCUGGCGGCAACCCGCGAUCUCUAGAGAACAGCCUGGACCAAGAAGUGACCAUCGAGAUCGUUCUCUCUAGCUCUGGGGACGAAGACUCCCAGCACGGCCCGUACUGCACAGAAGAGCAGAGGAGCCGCACAGAAGAGCCGAGGAGCCCCACAGAGAAGCAGCACAGCCUCCCCACCUCCCACCGGAGCAGCGCUGAGGCUGGGGGCGAGGUGCAGAGCUCCAAGAAGUCCUACGUGUGUCCAAACUGUGGGAAAAUCUUUCGCUGGAGGGUCAACUUCAUCCGGCACCUGAGGAGCCGCAGGGAGCGGGAGAAACCGCACGAGUGCUCGGUGUGCGGGGAGCUGUUCAGUGACAGCGAGGACCUGGACGGGCACCUGGAGAGCCACGAGGCCCAGAAGCCUUACCGGUGUGGUGCCUGCGGGAAGAGCUUCCGCCUCAACUCCCACCUGCUCUCCCACCGGCGGAUACACCUGCAGCCGGACAGACUCCAGCCGGUGAAGAAGAGAGAGCAGGAGGCGUCCGAGGACGUGGACGAGGGUCCCAACGACCCGCUGGAAAAUGGCAAGGCCAAGCUGAGCUUUCAGUGCUGUGACUGUGGGAAGGCCUUCCAGCGGCACGACCACCUGGCCCGGCACCGCAGCCACUUCCACCUGAAGGACAAAGCCCGACCCUUUCAGUGUCGGUACUGCGUCAAGAGCUUCACGCAGAACUAUGACCUCCUGCGCCACGAGCGCCUGCACAUGAAGCGCCGUUCCAAGCAGGCUCUGAACUCCUAUUGAGCCUGCCCGCCUGGUGCGGCCUCACCCUGGGCGGUGCUGCCCACUCACAUUGGUACUGAUCAGCACCCCCACCCAGGACGCACCUUCCCCAGCAUAGAGAGCACACUUCCCUCUUCCUGUCCUUUGCUCUCAGGUAGUGUCCAGCGUUCAGGUGGUGCCAUGGUAGCACUCUCCCUCCCCCAGGUAAUGAGAGAGUGGGAAAGUGAGUGUUCUCUUUCUGCUGUGCCAAAAAAUGGGGAUGUGCCACCACCAGGUUGGACAUGCCAGGUGUUCUGUGUCUUAGAGACCCUUGCCCCAUGCUCCCUAAGCUCGGGGAGUCAAAUUGGACUCCCCCAUCGGGGCCGCGCCCUGGUCACCAACCAAACCUCAGUAUCCUCCCUCCCUCCCUUCCCUGUCUGAAUGCUGGGAUCUGCUGCUGAAGCUCCAGGGUGCCUGCACUUCCACUCAGAAGCUGCUGGAGGGUGUUGGACUGGAGGAAGCAAGAAGGCAGUGUGGGAAUGAUGGGCUUAGUGGGGAGCAGGGCCAGGCAUAGAGAGUACACCUCCCUCCUGUCUGAGCCAGACAUGUCAUGUCUGAGCCCCAGGUUUGUGGCCAUCAGGUGGGCAGGAGCACCCCGCAGAUCCAAGAUGAUCAGACAGCCCUUUCGGGCUUGGAGUCUGAGGCAGGGGUCUGCAGAGCUCCUUCUUGAGUUCACAGUCAUCAUACCUUUUAAUUUGUCCCGGGGGCCAGUUACUAGGGAUCUGGAGCAUACCAAAAACAAAGCUUACGUUUUAAUUUGUGUUACACACAUACCCCAAGAUGUCUUUGUACCCUAAAGAUGCUUGGCAAAUGCCUGUGGGUUGGAAGCUGAGACAUCAUCAUUUAAAAGGCACUUAAGUCCUUUCUUCCAGUCUGUACUGCCUAAGAAUGUGGAGCUCAGCCCCCGGUGAGGGGUUCUGUCUGGGUGAGCCAAGCUCCAGAACAGAACCUUCCCUGGCAUCACACUUUACGUAUACAUCAGCUUGGACUGCUGGUGUCAGUUUUCUAGGUAUGUUUUAACACUGGCUGGUUUAGAACAGGAAUGGAUCCCCUCACAGUUCCGGGAGCUGCAAGUCCAAGAUGACGCUGUCCUCGGAGCUGGCGCCUUCCAAGGGCUGUGAGGGAGAGGUGGCUUCGUGCUUUUGCUGGCAGUUGCCGUUCCUUGGCGUGUGGAAGUGUCACAGUCUGCCUUCAUCUCCACAUGGCACUCUUGCUGUGUGCGACACCAGUCAUAUCGGAUUAGAACCCAUCCCACCAACUCCAGUAUAACCUCAUAUAUGGCCGCAGCAACUGUUCACCAGUAAGGUCACAUUCUGAGGUACUAGAGAUUGGGACUUCAACAUUGGAAUUUGAAAGGGACAGAAUUCAGCCCACGACUCCAGGUAAAAUGUGAGGUAUGCUGUCAUUCCUACUUCACAGAUGAGUCAAUACAAUCGAGCGAGCUUGCUCACAGUUCCAUCGAAGGCAGGGUUCAGACCCAGGUGUUUGCGUUCAGCACAGGUGUCCUCUGCAUGGAAGAAUCUUACUCAGUAGCCUUAAAGGCUGACAAAUUCCCCUCCCUCCCUGCCUCCUGAUUGGGGCCGGGCAGGCCAGCUGGAGCUUUGUCUUCACCUAGGGUUCUGGACUGAGGGUGACAGUAGGUAGUGAAACCUCAAGCAAUUUAAAACAUGGUAUUCUUGAAAAACUGAUUAUGUUGGCUAGGGUCAGCAUGAGAGGGCAUCAAGCCUGUAGUGUGGCAGUGAUUUAAACUGCAAGUGAGACCAGACGAGUAUUUUGUACUCUAUAUGUCAGAUCCUACCAACAGGCAGUAAGCCAGGCAAAGCUCCUGGUGCUCCUUGUCACGUAAUUUUCACAUCAAGAAGCCUCUGGGCCAGGCACAGAGGCCUGUAAUCCCAGCACUUUGGGAAGCCAAGGUGGGUGGAUCGCCUAGCUCAGUUUGACACUAGCCUGGGCAACAUGGCAAAAUCCCAUCUCUACCAAAAACACAAAAAAUCAGCUGGGUGCGGUGGUACACAUAUGCAGUCCCAGCUACUGUGGAGGCUGAGGUGGGAGGAUUGCUUCAGUCUGGGAGGCAGAGGUUGCAGUAAUCCGAGAUCACACCACUGCACAACAACCUGGGUGACGGAAUGAGACCUGACUCAAAAAUAAUCAAAAAGCCUCAGCCCCAAACUCAUGACAAGAUUCUAUAACCAUAACUACUGUUUCUGUGUAGAUGCACAGGAACAGUAAAUGCAAUAAAACCAUUUGGUUAUACUUUGGACAAGAAAUAAGCUGUUGAGGCUUAUAGUUUCUAAA